CAGCUGACAAAAUGAUUAAAUUCUGAGUGGGAGUUGAAGUCCAAGUCCUUGUUCAAACUGCAUCCUGUGGGCCUUAGAUGGAAAAGAUAUUGGUUCAGAUCCCAUUUGAUCUUGGAAUCUCAGCAGGAUUAGCCCUGGAGCAUGCCACAAACAUAUUUUCAUCCACUCAGUUCAGUACUUCGGGUUCUGCUUACUUUUGGAGUUUAAAAAAGGCUGCUAAAGCAAGCUGCCUAGCAAACAAACUGAAAAUAUUCCUCUAGUUUCCUCCUGUUGAGAAUAUGGAAUCAAUUUCAAUGAUGGGAAGUCCUAACUAUUUAAAUGAAGCCUUCUUGCCAAAUGGUAUAAAUGGUAUCAAGGACAGCGCUAAGACUACAAUAGGCAUAAUUGGAAGCGGGGACUUUGCUAAAUCCUUGACCAUUCGGUUGAUCAGAUGUGGCUAUCAUGUCGUCAUUGGAAGCAGGAACCCCAAGUUUGCUGCUGAGUUCUUUCCACAUGUUGUCGAUAUCACUCACCACGAAGACGCUGUAGGAAAAGCAAAUUUGAUUUUCCUUGCCAUACACAGAGAACACUAUGCUGCUUUGUGGGACCUCAAACAUCUACUUGUUGGAAAAAUCCUUGUAGAUGUCAGUAACAACAUGAAAGUCAACCAAUAUCCAGAAUCCAAUGCAGAAUACUUGGCAUCCCUUUUCCCAGAUUCCUUUGUUGUCAAAGGAUUCAAUGUUAUUUCAGCCUGGGCACUGCAACUGGGACCAAAAGAUGCUAGCAGACAAGUCUCCAUCUGCAGUAACAGUGUUCAAGCUCGCCAUCAAGUUAUUGAACUUGCCCGUCAACUCAACUUUAUUCCACUUGAUUUGGGUGCUUUAUCUUCUGCAAGAGAGAUUGAAAACUUACCUCUUCGAUUGUUUACAUUAUGGAAAGGCCCAGUAAUCAUUGCUAUUAGCCUGGCCACCUUCUUCUUCAUCUAUUCCUUCAUCCGAGAUGUAAUACAUCCUUACGUGAAGAAUCAGCAGAGUGAUUUCUAUAAGAUCCCUAUUGAGAUUGUGAACAAGACCUUGCCAGUGGUCGCAAUCACUUUAUUGUCUCUAGUGUAUUUAGCAGGGCUUUUGGCAGCUGCCUAUCAGCUGUAUUAUGGCACUAAAUACAAACGAUUUCCACCCUGGUUGGAGAACUGGUUGCAGUGUAGAAAACAGCUUGGAUUGCUUAGUUUUUUCUUUGCAAGUGUGCAUGUGGUUUACAGCUUGUGCUUGCCCAUGAGGAGGUCAGAACGAUAUUUAUUCCUAAAUACAGCUUAUCAACAGGUCCAUGAAAAUGUUGAAAAUUCUUGGAAUGAAGAAGAAGUGUGGCGAAUUGAAAUGUAUGUCUCCUUCGGUAUAAUGAGCCUCGGGCUGCUUUCUCUGUUGGCUGUAACUUCCAUUCCUUCAGUUAACAGAUCAUUAAAUUGGAGAGAAUUCAAUUUUAUUCAGUCUACACUUGGAUAUGUUGCUCUGGUCAUAAGUACUUUCCACGUAUUGAUUUAUGGCUGGAAAAGAGCCUUCGAAGAAGAAUUCUACAGAUUUUACAUGCCACCCAAUUUUAUGCUUGCCCUUGUCUUGCCAUGCAUAGUCAUUCUGGGUAAGAUCAUUUUACUUCUACCGUGUAUAAGCAGGAAACUGAGACGAAUAAGAAAAGGAUGGGAAAAAAGACAAUAUAUGGAAGAUGGAACUGGAACUGGUUCACAUCCCUCACCAGAAAGGGUUACGAUCAUGUGAUUGUACAGUGACACCAUUAGCUCUGUCAUGUUGUCCUCUCCAAAUUCUUUCUUUCAUACCAGCUUUGCCGCAGACUAAAAAACUAAUCUAGGAGAAUAAAGUGGUGGUAAACCAUCAGGAAAUGAGCAAUAAAGACAAUGACAGAUAUAUAAUAUUUUGAGCAUGAAACAAAUGGUAUGAAUAAGUACUUGCGGUUUUGUUUUCUAGACAGACAAAAUUUAUUCAUCCCAUUUCUGCCAGCUUAGGCUGCAGUUCUAAAUACCGUAGAAUAACUAACAUUGAUCCCAGGGCCCAUCCAGACAGUACCUUUAUUCUAGGAGCUUCCGCAACAAACAGGAGGGUGGCCAGAUGCCGUUCCCUGUAAACCCGGAAGCAAUUGCUACAAAAAGCAAAAAAAUGUGAGAUUUCCAGGUGCAUGAAUAUUGCAGUUUUGAGCCGAAUAUCCAGACUUUUGCAUGUCUGUAAUUGGAAAUCACACGAUUUUUUAAUCUGGGUUUGUUCCUGGGUUUUAGAUGCUUGUUCCUGAUUGGUGGGUUCCUUAAAAGAAGGUGACAUUUGAGUAGAAGGCAAACACUUUGUUUGUAUGCCUGAAACUUCAUAAAACGUGUGGAGAGCACAGUUUCUCUGGCCUGCACAUAGAUGGGAACUUUUGCAGGUGAUCCGUAUAACCGAAUCUCUGCAUAUCCGCAUCUCAAGGGGGUUUUU